GCGAGUUUUGGGUUAAAAUGAUAGCUAGGGUUUGCAUUUGUACCUCUUUUACUGUAUAUUUAUUUAACAUUUUAUUUAUUUUAUCCAUCAUCUACGUCGACUGUCUGUCUACGGAUGCUCAGUUAUGCCAGAUGUGUGAAGGAGCUGUACAGAACCAGAGUGCUGUGUGGAGCUUCUGCCAGGCGGCAGAAGGCAGGAUUGAGGGUCGGUGCUGUUUUCACGAUGCAGAGGAGAAUAUUCUGGGGUUGGAUUUAUCUAAUUGUUCUCUGAGACAAGUGGAUGACCUUCAUGCAGCUGCUGCAGCGGUUAUCAUAGACCUCUCAAGCAACCCUAUUUCCAAUAUGAGUGAUUUUAUAUUCCAAGGUUUUAAUAAUCUGAGCCAUCUCAUACUGCCCAUCAAUUUGGAGUGUCCUGGUGGCAACACAUCAUGGGACAGAGUGGAUGUUAAAGAUGACACCCGGCUGUGUGAAGGACAGAGGAAUGCCUGCAAUCAAACUGGGCAGAUGUCCUUGGACUGCCCUGAGAACUCCAUCUGCAUGCCUUAUGGGCCGGGAUUUUCUCAGUGCAGCUGUGUUCACAACUUCCACGGAUACAAGUGCCUAAGAGAGGGCAAUUUCCCUAUGCUGGAAGUCUUGGCAAUAUUAUGUGCAUCCACAGUUGUUGUUUCAGUGCUACUAUGGAUCACACAAAGGCGAAAAAUCAAAGACAUCAGCCUUCUUGGGUCACCCGGCAGCUGGUAGAAAGCUGAAGGACACACGAAAUAUUGAUCUGUUUUUAACGACGACAACAAAAAACCCGUAAGACUUUGGUCUAAUCACAUGAUCAGGUUGAGAAGUUUUGCAAUGCGUCAUUUAGAUGCUGCUUGUUGCUUCAGAGCUGCUGAUGCUCAAUGAAUAACCGACACCUUAAAAACUGCAUGAUCAUACAGGUAUGUUUAACACUGGGAUGCAGCAUCGUUUGGACUGCAGGUAUAUACUGUAGCGUGGAGUAAAUACUCUUAAUCAAAAUGACUAGAUUUCAUUCGGGGCUCAUAAUCAGUUUUACUGAGCAGUGCACAUUAAGAGAAUGUGUGUGUCUGUACAAAAUAUAUACAGAAUAAAUACUCAAGUGUG